AUGGGAGAGACAAAUCACCUGGAGAAGAUGGGAAGAGAACUCAAGUGCCCUAUUUGCUUGAGUCUAUUUAAUUCUGCAGUUUCGCUUUCGUGCAACCAUGUCUUUUGCAAUGCAUGUAUCGUGAAAUCCAUGAAGAUGGAUGCUACUUGUCCAGUCUGUAAAAUCCCAUACCAUCGUAGAGAGAUUCGAGGUGCUCCUCAUAUGGAUAGCUUGGUGAGCAUUUACAAGAAUAUGGAAAAUGCUUCUGGGGUCAACAUGUUCGUAAGCCAGAAUAAACCAUCACCAUCAGGAAAAGAAAAGCAUGUGAGAGAUGCUUCCAUUGAUAAGACUAGUGAGAAGAAUCGUCAAGGAUCUAGGAAAGGCCGAACAUCCAAGAGGAAAGAAUAUAGGAAAACCAAGGAAACAGAUGUAGAUGCCCCUGGACCUAUUGUUAUGAAACCUUCAUCCCAAACCAAGAAAAGGGUGCAGCUGUUGCAGAAUCACUCUUCUGAAAGUUUAACUAAAUCUACUGAAUCAGCUGAAAAACUCAAGGAUUACACUGAAAACACUGUGAUUCGUUUGAAUGAGGAUCCAUCUCUGAAUAAAUACGGAAAUCUGGCACCCUUCUUUUGGUUGAGAGAUGAAGAUGAUGGGAAGAGCUUAAGUCAGCCAGAAAGUGAUCAACUUUUAGACGUUACACCUGUUGAUGUUCCUUCUUUCAGUGAUUUGAAGGACUCAGAUCACGAGAGCCAGUCAAAAGCUGGUGAGCAAGAAAAGGCCAACCCAGGAGUCAUGUUUGACAGUGAAAUGUUUGAAUGGACUCAAAGGCCAUGUUCUCCAGAGAUUCUACCUAGUCCUGUGAAGGCCAAUGUCCUAGGUGGUGAUGAGAUUGAUCUUCCUGAAAGAAAUCCAUCUAAAGUAGCAUCAUCAAAAAAAAAACGUAAAGCAGGAAGUGGAAGAAAUACUGUUGCUAGACUACGCGUUGGGGUUUCCAAGGACGACAUGGAGUUAUCUGCAGGAGCAAGUAGUAGCGAGAAACAAGAAACUGGCGGGAGUUCUGGCAUACUUACCAAGAAGGAUAGAAAUCCUGAUGUGAAAGCUAAACGGGCUACAAGAAGCAAGAGCCAGACUUCACGAGUUCAGGCUGAUUUAAGUAUGUCCGUGGAGGCAGAGGGGAAGCAGGGGACAAAGAGGAAAAGAUCAAGCGUUAAAUCCUCUCCAGAUCACCUGGUUCCUGGAUCUAAUGAGCUCUCACUUGGAACAGAUAUUGUGGGAAAAGGGGAUCAGGAACAAGCCCAUGGUUCAUCUGAUACGCAACCGGAUAAACAAAAUCCUGCCGAAAAAUCCUCUCUGAAGAAGAGAAGAAAAUCCAGUGAAUCCUCCAUUCCAAAAGAUCUUUCUGGAAAAACUGAAGAGAAGACUUCAGAAAAGAGAUCAAAAAUUGAUUCAUGUUCAUUCUUAAGCAGAGUGCGUGGCAAGAAAAUCUUAAGUGAUGAGUUGAAUCAAGUGGGUGAUAGACAAGAUUCAACUAAUAAAAAGAAAUCCACUGCGGAUAAAGGCAAUCGUACCAUGCAAGUUUCAGAGAAAUGUUCAACGAUGAACAAACCCUCAGUUGGAGAUAGUGUACUUUUGCGACGAUGUGAUGGACCUCCAAUAGAUAAAUUCACUUGCGCCUUUUGUCAGUCUUCAGAAGACACAGAGGCUUCAGGAGAAAUGGCUCACUACCACAGAGGUGAACCUGUCUCUGCAGAUUUUAAUGGUGGAUCUAAGGUCAUACAUGUUCACAAAAACUGUGCUGAAUGGGCUCCAAAUGUAUACUUCAACAACCUUAACGCAGUCAACCUUAAUGUGGAGUUGACAAGAAGCCGGAGAAUAAGUUGCAGUGGCUGUGGGCUUAAAGGCGCAGCACUUGGUUGUUACAAUAAGAGUUGUAAGAAUAGCUUUCAUGUUACGUGUGCAAAACUGAUACCAGAAUGUAGAUGGGACAAUGAAAACUUUGUAAUGCUAUGCCCUUUGGAUGCAUCCAUUAAGUUGCCAUGUGAAGAGACUAGACCAAAAGAAAGAAAACGCAAGCGUACUCCUAAAGAAUCACUGCAGUCUCAGCCUAAUAAUCAAGUAUCUGAAACACCUGACAUCACUGAGCUCCAGAGCAAGCCUUUGCACGGAUUACCCAAGAAAUUGGUUCUAUGCUGCUCAGGACUUACCAAUGAAGAGAAGAUUGUGAUUUCAGAAUUUGCUGAACUGUCUGGUGUUACAAUCUCGAGAAAAUGGGAACCAAGUGUUACACAUGUCAUUGCAUCAAUCAACGAAAAUGGAGCCUGCAAAAGGACACUCAAAUUCAUGAUGGGGAUCUUGGAGGGGAAAUGGAUUCUAAGCAUUGACUGGAUUAAGGCGUGUCUAAAAAAUACAAAGUAUGUAAGCGAGGAGCCAUAUGAGAUUUACAUGGAUGUUCACGGAAUUCGAGAAGGACCUUAUCUUGGAAGACAAAGAGCUAUAAACAAGGAACCAAAACUUUUUAAUGAGCUAAAAUUUUACAUAAUGGGGGAUUUCGAGCUUGCUUACAAAGGGUAUCUUCAAGAUCUGAUUGUAGCAGCAGGAGGAACAAUCCUGCGCAGACGGCCCAUUUCUAAUGAUAAUGAAGCUUCAACGAUAGUAGUAUUUAGUGUUGAGCCAAGCAAGAAGAAAAGUCUGACUCAAAGAAGAUCUGAUGGUGAAGCCUUGGCUAAAUCUGCUAGAGCUAGAGCUGCAAGCAGUUCAUGGGUCUUGGAUUCUAUUGCAGGUUGCCAAAUUCUAGACUUGAUAUAAAAUUGUGAGACCAUCGUUGGAUAUUUUUGUCAGUAGGAGUAUGGAGCAUUGUGUAUACUCAACAGUAUUUCAUUUAUUCGCACAUUUUAGGUUUUGUUCGCACAU